GCUCGUUUGGCUUUCCAGUCGUACGGUCCUGUAGCAACCUGAGCGCGCGGUCUGCUCUCGGUCUCUACGAACGCUCCUCUGUCUGGAUACCAUAGUUUCUUUUUUUUCCUCUGGAUUAUAUAUUUUCUGAUGGUUUUCAACUCCAACUCGAUGCAUAGAAAUGGGUAAACUGCACUCGAAACAUGCCGCUAUUUGUAAACCGAGGGAGAGUCCAGAAGGCGACAGUUUUGUAGUCAAUGCCUGUUUGGCGAGAAAGGGAAUCGACGACUGGCUCGUGAAGCAGAAAUACUAUUGCACGAGCUCUCGCCUCGAGCAACAGGACUGUCAGCACAAGAACAACUGCGGUUUGACUACACGGGAAUCCAUGGAUGAAGCAUGUGCAGAGAGGAUUGGCAAUGAACACUACCGUUUAGAAGUGGCUUUACCGCCAGAGAAGACAGACAGCUGCUGUGUGGAGGAGAAGAUGCAGGAGAGGGACAGCCAAUCUCCCGCAGGGCCACAGAAACAGCUCCAGUUUGAAGAGUUGGAGUGUGCUGUGUCUGUGGAGGAGGAUAACCGGCAGGAGUGGACCUUCACCCUCUACGACUUUGACAACAAUGGCAAAGUAACCAGAGAGGAUAUCACCAGCCUGCUCCACACCAUCUAUGAGGUCGUGGACGCCUCCGUCAACCAUUCACCCAGCAGCAGCAAGACAUUGCGGGUCAAGCUGUCGGUGGCUCCCGACUCCAGCCAGCGGUGGAGGACUUGUACGCAGGGUGCGGCAGACAUGUCCCACCCCAGAGAGAAAAAUGACAAGUGCAUAGAAGACCCCAAGAGUGCAGACAAGAAGACACGAGCACUCCUAAGGCGCCACCACAGUGACCACCACACCCAGCCGGGCUGCCAGCGCCACUGUGUGGAUGAGAACCUGGAACGCAGGAACCACUACUUGGACCUGGCAGGCAUCGAAAACUACACAUCCCGCUUCGGAGCCGCACCCACCACAGAGCCGACGAAGGCAGAGCCUCAGACCCGCUCAUCCAACCAGACUCGUUCUCGCUCCCAUGAACCAGAAAAUGGCCACUCCUAUUCCCACCACCGCCGCUUGCAGACUGUUGUGGACACUGUUGCUCCGGACAGCGUCCAUCCCGCCCGUACGCGAGGCCAAGACUCAGGGAAACAUGCCCUCCGUUCUCCUAAGACCCACAGCCGCAUGCCUCCUGCGCAGAUCAGUGGCAGGGUUAUGAGAAGCCGAGGUGUCCCUCCUCCCCCGGCACUACCCAGCCAGACCCCCCCUCACCAGUCCACAGCUCCCUACCGCAAGCACAAGCAGCGGUCCAAGGAAAGCCAGGGCUACAGGGCCUUAAGCUCUCAGGCUCCUGGACCAGUGGUGGAGAAGGAGCAGGUGAGGGACCUGCCCAGUGUGCUGCUGUACGAGGGGGGGCUGGCCCAAGUGGUGCAGCGGCAUGAGCAUCACCACCACCAUGAACACCAUCACCACUACCACCACUUUUACCAGUCCUGAAUUUUUUACCCUGCCUGGGCCAGCUCAGCACUCCUACAGCCCCACAAAACCCAACCAGGCCAGCAGACUCCGACUGCAAGCAGCUUCCUCCUCAACAGCCGGCCCACCCAGCGUUGUGCAGUACUGCAGUGCCUUUGUGGUGGACACAGGACAUGGGUUGGAGAGGAGGAUCAUGGAAGGGGUGUCCCAGUGAUGGGAGGUUAUUAAUCAGUGUUAUAAAGAGGUUGGUCAGACAUACAAAUGCUCGGGUAUGCAGCAGGACAGUGAUUCAGGGCCAAAGUAGGGCCAUGACUGAGGAUCACGGCUGGGGCUAGAGAGGAGGCACAGAGGGACAAUUUGAUAAAUUACCCUGAAGUUCCUGUCGCCCCCGACCCUGUAAUCCUCUACCUGAUAAACUCUACGGCUCCAAACCAGCACCACAACCCUUCCAGACCACUAAGCCAAAAGGUUAUUAAAAAGGAGGGACGAGAGGAAGAAAGACUGUGAUGUAAAGACGAAAAUAUAUGAAGGAAUAGAGGUGAUAGGAGAGCAGGGCAUAGUGUGUGUGCGUGUGCGUGUGCGUGUGCGUGUGUGUGUGUGUGUGUGCGUGUGUGUGAAAAUGUGUGGGCGUAGCCAGAGUGUGUAUGUGAGUGUCACGACACUGGUGUCUGUUUAAAUCCACUUGAAGUGCGCUCAUGUGUGCGUGAGUAUUUAAAGCAGGCUGACAGGCAGGUUUUUGAAGAUGAAAAUGAAGUUUCUGAUUCAAGCACGCAAUACCCCGUAAGCAAAAAUGGGAAGAAAAAAUGUUGAAAUGU